UACCACAUCAAUAAUUAAAUUUCUUAUUUUUUGUUAACGAAAAAAUAAAUACAUUUUUAGUUCUUAAUAAUUCUUUGUCGUGUAUUUUCUCUCUCUUUAUUCUUCUCUUUCUCCCCUUCUACGCCUUUGCAACCAAACACGAUACAGAUUUUUUAAAAUAAAGAUUUCCUUUCUCAGCAUUCCUUCCAUAAUUGUUUCAUCAUUAGCGUUGAAUUCGCCGGAAAAUUUUGCUCCGGCGACAGUAUCAGUAGUUUCGCGGCAACUACUAUAGGAUCUGAAAUUUUGUUCACAGUAUUCUUUGCCGGAGUUUUUGGGCACCGACACUUCCCCGCCGGCGAUUCAAGAUUCGGUUACUUUUACCAUUUCGGGGUUUACGUUGACGUACCGCUACUGUUAGAGUCGUGCCAAGAAACAGGAAAAAGAUAGAAUCUUUCUCUGUUUGGACUGGUGUAUUGGUCAAGUUCAAGCAUUAAAGCAACUGGGUCGCGAGAUAUGGAUGUUUUCUUCAGCUCUGUAGAUCGCGUCGGCGAGAAGUCAAUGCUCUGAUCUGAGCUUCUCCACUCUCAAAAACUCACACCUCCGCUUAUUGCAUUUUCCGGCGCCGAGCAAAAUCAAGAUGAUGCGAAUGAAGACAGGAACCGUGGCUCAACCGGCGAACCACAGUUCUCCUGCCGGCGACGGCGCCGGCAGAGAAAAGGAGUGGGAGAUGCGGCCGGGUGGAAUGCUGGUUCAGAAACGGAGCCCAGAUUCCGAUAACCUCCCGCCGCCACCGACCAUCCGGGUCCGGGUCAAAUACGGGUCGGUCUACCAUGAAAUCAAUAUCAGCUCCCAAGCCACUUUUGGGGAGUUGAAAAAGAUGUUGACAGGGCCGACAGGAUUGCACCACCAAGAUCAGAAGUUGUUGUUUAAGGAUAAGGAGAGAAACUCCAAUGCGUUUCUUGAUGUCUCCGGCGUGAAGGACAAGUCUAAGAUGGUGUUAGUUGAGGACCCAAUUAGCCAGGAGAAGAGAUAUGUUGAGAUGAGAAAGAAUGCUAAGAUGGAGAGGGCUGCAAAGACUAUAUCUGAGAUCAGCUUGGAGGUUGAUAGGCUAGCUGGACAGGUAUCUGCACUUGAAUCUGUUAUUUCGAAAGGUGGGAAAGUUGCAGAAAAGACUGUUGUGAACUUGAUUGAGUUGUUGAUGAACCAACUGCUUAAAUUGGAUGGUAUUAAUGGUGAAGGUGAUGUUAAAUUGCAGAGAAAAAUGCAGGUAAAAAGAGUGCAAAAGUGUGUUGAGACACUAGAUAUGUUAAAGAUCAAGAACUCAUUGCCAGAUAGCAGCAGUGAUAAGGUUAAUAGUCCAUUGCCUGCAAGCAAUGGGAAUCACAUUCAGAAACACCAAUCACCCUCUCCAGCUAAACAGCAUCAUCAUCAUAAACACCGGUAUUCACACGAUUUGAUUUCGUUGCCAGUGCUCCAUGAGGAGGAGCAGACAGGGCAUUCAUUUACAAAUUCACCAGGAAAAACUCCACAACAGCAGCAGCCAUCGAGGCGCUCGGCCUCAGGAUCUGUGGUGAUUACCACACAAUGGGAGACGUUCGAUUCUGCUCCAGUGCCCUUGCUGGAUCACUUUUCGACGCCCACAACCACCACCCCGAGUUCGAUCAAUCAUAGGCCUAAUUGGGACUUGCUUUGAGGAUGCAAAGCUGCAGAGUGAAGAAGCUGUGUGGAUGUGUGUGUUGCAUGUUAGUUGUGCUGGUUUGCUGCUAUCCAUUCCCCAUUCUUUCUCUUGUAUUUAUAGGGUUUUUGGUCCGACUUAUAUAUGUCACACUAAAGAAAUAAUUGGGGGCUACUUCAGUAUAUGUUGAAACAAUAUUAUUUUUUUGUCUCAUCUUUCCUCACUUUCCCCUCCAUUUGCUUGUAAUGUUUCUGGUCUUGAAAGAAAAGGUAUAUUGAUACAUUUUGUUUAGUGAUUGGUACAUUAAUAAAUAGGGUUAAUUCCCAA